UCUGUCGUCAGCAGCGCUUGAAAAAACACAAGACGUCGAUGUAUACUAACAAUGUAAUAAGAAUAUUAUAGAAAUUUCAUAUUAGCGAAACUACCAGGAAGCGACAUUAGCCCACACGACACGACCGCUGCAAAGCGAAGUUUAACUAAAAUAGCCUGUAAUCCGUGAGCGCGAAUCGCGAGCUAACAUCACAUUACUAUUCGUGUAAAAAUGAAUAGUCUACUUUGCCAUAUACAGAAUGAACUAUUGUAGAGAGACGGUAGCCACGUGCGACUUAAUGCAAGAACUCUCUUUCGAAGCAAGAACGACCGCCAGUCGUGUUUCUCCGUCGGAGACGACGACAUCGGCAUCGAGUCGUAGAUCAAUGGCGAAUCGUAAACGCACGUAGUUUCUUCGUGAAAGAGAAUCGAUAAAAAUGAAACGAGGACGACAUUGCGAUGGUCACCGAAACGGGUGAAUCGCUUCGAGAGAAGAAGCAAAGAAUAGAAAGGGAAGAAAGUGGCGACGAAGACCAGGAAACGAUAAAUGAACGGAGGAAAAUAAAGUAUAGGUUGGCAAGAGAGAAGAAAGCGAGAGGAAGAAGAAAGAGUAUUUGCUACUGGCGCGAUAAAUAGAUAGCCGAAGGAGGAAGCGAGGCAAGAAUUUUUAGUCGCAGCGAUGGGAACUCGAUCCUAUCGUGAACAAAUCUACGUAUUCAAUGAUUUUCAUGACUGAGCGACAAAGUCUAGGAAGAAGGAAGGAGUGUGCUCGCAUCAGAAUCAACGACUCGCUGCAGAUCCCGAGGAGUUGCAACAGGAUCAAAGACAAUAGGGUGCAAAAGCAACGCUAGACUCGAAAUUUCCGUGAUUCCAGUCCAUCACUGGUUGGCGCCAUCUAGCAAGGCGAGCGACCGAAAGAGAAAGAAAUUCUCCGAGGGAUCGCGACGAAGGAUCUAAAGAGGGACGAGGGAUCACGAGGGAAAGACAGAGCAGCGGCGGUGGAAAGGAGACGGAGUAAGAUCGUCGUAGCUCCGCUUGCGCUCUCAGGCACAAACUACUCGACCACCAGCCAGCACGGAUCCGAAACCCUAUCUUGCGUUGUCUCUUGGUUACUCGCUUCGUGGAAUACGAUCAGCUUGCGCCCUAGGAACGACGCGGCAACCCCGAAUCGCGUUUCGAUUCCUUGCCUGCGUCUCUUCUCGCCAGAAGAAGAGACAUCCAACACGACAUCAGAUUCUGAAAAACGCUCGAACAAACAUUAAAUUGACUCUCUGCGCUUGAUCGUUUCUGGAGAACAGGCCACCUGUUUUUAUCAUUGUUGUUUCUAACGUUUGUACGGCUUCCUUCCUGUAGCCCUAUGCACGAUAAUGAAUAUAAAUGAGCAGACUUCGGCUUGCAAAAGCUAUUUGUACGUUGUGACUUUAUCAAAGGUUUGUUCGAGUAACGAUCUUCUAAAUAGAAUUCUUGCUAAUAGCAAGUGAUUCGUGUUGAUUGGAACAUGUGGGGUUAGUCUGUGCGAGACGAGCUUUUGUAGGAUUCCCCUGUCGAAAGGGAAAAGUGAUCCUCGAGGAGAGUCAGCGAUGUUUAGAAAUUGUUAGAGACUACUUGAUAAAAUCCUUUCUUCGCAUAGAAGUAACAUGAACGAUUGCGAUAAACUGUGGUGAAUAUUGUGGAAGAAGAGAACAGUAGGAAGACCGUGCAAAAGGAAGCAGCAAAAUCGCAAGAUGAAGAAGAUUCUGUGGAUGGCGUGAUACAAGUACACCUCGGCUGCUAGCAAAACUUCGUGCACGUGCUGCGAGGAUCAUCGAUCAUCAGUCUUCGUUGAACACUGUGACCGAUGGGAUUCACCGCAUGGCACGUCGAAUCCAGUUGAUAUUUAACAGAAUGCAGAGGAGAAGAUGCUUCUUCUAGUCCUCGUCCUCACGGGCUGCUUGAACGUUCUCGAGAUUGUUCGUUGUCAAGAGCUUUCGGUCAUCAGGCACUCCGAUGGAGACAUUUUCACGUUGGAAGGUUCCUGCACGGAGGCUUGCACGGUGCUCAGCAGCGGAACAGCCAGCCCUUACACACGUAGUCCUUCGACCGCGGGACUCGUUCCUCCCAACAACACCUGCACCUGCCAGUGCAACCACGGCCUCCCUACCUUCCGGGAGGAUCUUCACAUCUGCGUGAAUGAUAUUCACGAGUGUAACGUGGCUGGUUUCGUCAGUAACACGGGCCAAAUCGAAAGGGUGCCGUACGUGUUUUUACCUCAACGUGGCCAAAUAAUAUACCCCCAUGCAGAAAUUCAAUUCGAAGGUGUGAGCAUGCCAGUGUGUGGUAUAACCGGAGCUCAGCAAUUAGGACGCACAGGAUGGUCAGAAUUGAGAAACCUUUCGGACACCGAGCCACCCUUCAGGCUGUUUCGUGACGAAGGAAGAACGUUCCUUCAGUGGAUAGGUGAAACGGGACUAAGAGCGGCAGCUGAAGGUCGAGUAGUGACGGCCAAACUCGUCUGCAGAGACGCCUCGCCGAAGUCGAAGCUUCCCGGAGUCUUCACCCCGUGCGUGGCUUUCAGGGUCGCUGGUUCACCGUCUAAAAGUAGCGUUCGAGAAGUGAUGUUCUCUUCGACGACACAACUCUCACAAGGUCUUUCCGCCACGGAAUACACGGCUAUCGGUCUUUCGUCCGUGAUCCUUGCCUUGAUCUACGUUGCGAGCGUGUCCUUGUAUCUUCAUAGCAAAAAGACUAGGAGGAAAAUCGUCGAGGAGCCAGAAAUAAGCUUGACUCCUGGCCGAGAAGUUGGUGGAUUGGUGAAGAACAAUCCUCUGCUCGCUGCUUCGAGACACUUCGAGAGCGAUACUAACAGUGGCUUAACGGAGAGCGAUCUUGGCGAUGAUCUGCCACCGAGCGACGGUGAACAGGGAUUUGAAAAUAUUACUUCGGCUAUUGUUCAUCCCCACUGCAUUUACAUGGAACAAUCUGAGGGUUGCUUUGGAACUGGAUCGAUUUUAGGUGAAAGACUGCCAGAAGAAGAUGUACGAGUCGUGGAAACUGCGGAUAAUCCGCAUCAACAGGAUGUGCCGGUGUUACCCGGGGCUCAGAGAAGAAAACUGUACUUCAACCCCGCUUAUUUCGACAGACAAUUGUUGCUUGCGCCCCCUCCAGCAGCCAUCGAAUUCCUUCUCAAAAUUCGGGAAGUUAUCUCUAUCGCGAAGCACAAAAUGGCCGCAAAGAGAUUCGUUCCUACUCUCGUCGGUAUACCGGAAGAAGAAACGAACACGGAGCACUGCGAAACCACGAAAAAUCAGCAACAAUCAGCUUCGAAUUCGGCUCAGAGUUCUAUUACGAAGUCACGGAAGUCUCAACGAUGCACCGGAUGCCCAGGUUGCACAAACUCGUUCAGGGACACGGCCGCGCUUCCGGAACCUGAUCAAACGAAUCCAGGUGAGAGUAAAGUUCGCGCAUGGUUGGAGGACGUCAGAUCAACGCCUCAACGACGUUGGCGAGACGCGGAGGAAGCCCGGAAAACGCUUCAGGAAAAUACUAAAACCUUCAACAAGAACUUGGAGUAUUUAAAAGAACUGGCCAAACGAGAAUUCGACACGGACGUGAAAGGUUUAACAGGAAAACUCCUUUCUUCGUGGAAGGAUAAUCCACCGAUGCUGAAAACGUUCCAAAACGUCGCAAGAAGCGAAAUCCUGGAGACAGGCGAUCGGCAUAGCGUUUCAAAACGUUCGACCAAGUCGAUGUUCGAGGAAUCGAACUAUUAUUCGUCGAGGAACGAGGAUUGUUCGGCCACUAAUGGCAACGAUGUCAUUAAUGCCAGAGUGAGGAAUGCCAUCGAAAAUUCGUUCAUUAAACAGAUGGAAGAGAACGCAACGUUGGAGGAAGAGACGGUGGAGAAAACAGAAGCUGAAGAGAAGAGAAUCGUAGUCCCUGAGGACGAAGAUAAUAAAAUGGAAGAAAGAAUGGCUGUCAAGGAGAAUUCACUUGGGAAACAAGCGAAUAAAUUCAAUGAAAAUACAACACGAUCGAAAAAGGAACUACCGGAUAUGAUCAAUGAGCUUCCAGGUGCUAAAAAUACGGCAAAACGUAUAAUGGAUGCCGUGAUCCGCGAAAUGGUCGAUGCAAAGGUACUAGAACAUCAUUCGAGAUCAGGCAACAUCACGGAUUAUGAAGUGGAUAGUUUAGAACGGUCGAAAUCUAGCAGAAAGUCGUCUACUUCGCCAGAGUCGACCGAUCAAUCGAGUCCAGCUUUAUCCACCGCUCUGCCAAUGGACGAGGAACUGACGAUGCAAAACGCUGUGAUUAACACUAGGACCGGUGAAAUGAUGAUACCGAAUAAACUGAACAAGGAUAUCCUCGAAAGAAGCUAUUAUAAUAGCCUGCCCGAACUAAUUUCUUCGCAAAAAUCGGAAAGUUACUCGCUUGUUAGCGAAGUGUACGUGAACGAUGGUUAUGAUAGCCCAGCCUGUAGCGACGAUUCUGGGCCAGAAAUCCAAUACGAGCCCGAGAAUCCCGGUCAUUUAACUAUCAAGGUUCAAGAUUCGCCGAAGAACUACGUCAAGCAGGAUGAAUCUGAAUACGAGCCAGACACGUUGGAUAGGAAACCGAUGAAAUUGAAGAUCAACGACGACGUAAACUACGAAAAGGACGUUCCUGAUGAGAUCUAUGUGGACUCUCUGGAAAGACCUGCUCAAAUCCUCCUCAAAAGCAAAGGCAGUUUUCGCGAUCAAGAUUCGUCGAAAAAUGGCUCAUGUUUGCAACGCGGCUACGGUAGCCUUCGAGAAAUCUACGAAGCUAGACUGAAGUCGUGUCCCAGAGACUUGUCUAACAGCACCAAAUCGCUAAAUGGCCAUUUGGAUGACUCUAUGUCCUGGAAGAAGUGUAAGUAUUUAACGCCAGAGACCAGACAGUUGAAGAGGCAACGACAACCGAGCAACCAACCUGACGUGGUACCGUUACCACCUAUGGAGGACAUCUAUCAGCAUCCGAAACCUCCGCGCCGUGUGAAGGACGCGAAAUUACCAUCAAAUUCUCUGUCAAAAAACUGCUGGGACAGGAGUCCUGCCGAAGCGGGUGACCCUACGACCAGCAACGGUGCUCCUGUCCCGCUUGAACACACCCACGUAGGGACCACUGAUUGUUCUUACUCCUGCAAGUCUCAAUCGCCCGAGGAAUCGAUGACAAGGUGCAGACACCAAUUGGAAGACCAAAUCAGAAGCAAUUGCACGCGAGGCAAGUCAAAGUCCAACGUUUCUGCGUCAUGGACCAAUCCUCGUAGUUAUAAAGAUAAAAGGAAGUUGUUCGAUCAGUAUCAUAAACAGGAUAACCAGAGGAGGAACAGCGAACCUCAAACUUACAAAAAGCAUCUGACAAAACCUUCCAGAAACUGCGAAUCGACCAGCAAUUCCACGAGUCAUUUAUCCGGUUAUCAGCAGCCACGAAUGAAAGUAGAAGAUAGCGGAUACUUAAGCAGCACAGACAGCAAUGGCUCGCACAAACAGCUACUAAAACACGAGGUGAGCAGCGUUUCGGAAACCGACGAGACAGAAUCCGUCUGUGAUGGUGCAAGCGAAAGCGGCGCCGAAAGCGUUGGAACGGACAGUGUCUUCUUUGGAAAUUUCCGCAGACUCUCAGGCGUGGAAAUUGGAGCGAAGCACACGUACCUUCAACCGUUUUGUACCAGGAAUGAGAACGGUGUUUUAGAGAGGGCAAACUUUAGCACCAGCGAUAGCGAGACUGAGAGUUUCAUCACGGUUCUUCCGCCGUGUGGAACUAAAGAACCAAUUUAAUCAUAAAGCUGUCUGAUGAGUAAAGUUGUAUUGUUUUUCUGUUAUUUCGAUAUCGUGUAGCAAAGAAUUAAUUAGCAUAGAUUGUAGUAUAAUUAUUGUACCUGUUUACAGGUUGCAAUUGAUGAUUGUGAUGGUAAUUGUAGAAUCUUUUACGUAUUGUUCUUUUUUUUUUCUUUUUCAAAGACUAUAUAGUAAAAUGAAUGAGAUGACUUGGAAAUACAGUACUAAAUACGUUCAGAAUGAGUAAAAAUCAAAAUUAAAUUGCCAUCUAUCUACGUGGAUAGAUAUUUUCACAAUAGUGGCAAUUCACAAACCUUCUCACAAAAGACAUAAUUAGUAUUGUUUAAUAAUGCGUUUAAGGGCCAGUACUUUCAUUACUUCUGCACAUUACAUUGUAUCUUAUACAGAUAGUCCUAGAUUUGAAAUAGAAACAUAAGUAGAAGUUUCUUGAAUUUAUAGAAUUAUCUUUUACCGAUUUUUUACUAUUUUCGUUUAAUGAACUGGUUUUCUUAUUUUCUUAAUAUAAGGAUAACUAUGCGUAAAUUCCUUUUUACUUAAUUGAUAAAACGUGACAGACGCGUUUGAAAGUUCGCUGAACGGGUAAAUGUACAGUUUAAUUACUGAUAUUAAGUCUGAGUAAAUCUGAAAGUAAGUUACUUCGCAUUUACUAGUUUACCGACUCUUGAUAUACUUAUAUCAUAUGUUAUGAAAAGGGUUACUAAAUUUAAGGGAAGAUUUAUUUAAUCGUAUCCCUUAUAUUCUACCAACAAGAAGGAAAUCUAUAUAUAUAUAUAAUUAGUUUAGAGAAGGAAAAAGGAAUUGUGGCCGACGAUACGUAGAAAUUGCCAUCGUAAUUUAACUUGAUAGUGAAGUGGCCGGAAGUGCAAUAUUAUGUGGUAAAGAUAUAAUAGAUAAAUAAUUAAACAGAUUACUGAUAUUCUUACUAGAAUAUUGUAAUACUACAACUUAUAAUUGCUAGUCGAUGUGAUAGUAAUUUCCUAACGAAACGAAAGAAAAUUUUUAUAUCAAAUGACAUAUAAAGAAUUGAUCACAACACGCACAAGUAGGAAAUUCUAUAAGCAACGUAAAAGUUGUUUUGUUUUCACACCGCCAUGUAGUUAUCCAAUCUUGAAUUUAAUACAUUACUUUAUCAAUGUUAUUAAUACACUUGUUAUUGUUAUCUUUCAUGGUAGUCAUGAAAUAAAAGAGAUUAUAACAACAUUUUAUAUAUUCGUCAAAGGAGACCUCGACUACUUACCGACGUUUCACAUUUUAUUUAAUUAAUGGUUAUUUUAUUUAAUUUGGUGCUCAUUGUUGACUUUAUUGUUACAAAAUAUUACGCUUUGUUUAAUAAUGGCAUUUAUCACGAAAUAUAAAGUUAACUGUAUUUGUUAUUAUCGAAAUAGAUUUUUACAUAUUUCCUAUUUAUGUAUUUUAUAUUUAUAGUAUGUUACAUCUUAAUAUAUAUGUACUUUCGUUAUUCUAUUAAUUUAUUAUAGUUUUAUAUAUUUAUACGCUAGGAUAAAAAAUAAUUGUUAAACAAAUAGAAACAAAACAAAUAAUAAUGAUUGUUAUAUGUUAGAGCUUAAAAAUAUUAAUAAGAAUCGUCGCGCCUCGCCUCUCGUAAUAGAGUAAUCUUUUUCAUAUCAGAAGCGCACGCUUCAAUGUACCUGCCAGAUGUAUAUAAAAUAGAUUUUAAUAUAUUGAAUGUUUAUAAUGUAACAAUAUAGCAGUGCUAUAUAUAAUAUAUUUUAUA